AUGUUCGAUUCCGUUUCCUCAGGGUGCGGCGAACUUAUAUCUUCGAUAGACUUCCCACUCAUGGGGCUACCUAAUACAAUACUUGAACAUGGUGGAACUUGGCCUGUUACAACAUAUCAAGAUACCAUCAAGUCAUCAGAGUGUUGCACAAAAGAUGUUCAAUAUCCAGUUGGGAUUCUUUUUGUUCUGGCCAUGACAGAAUUGGCAGAAUAG